AUGAAGACUGUCUUCAGCGAUAACGAGUCUCAUGAGUUAGUAUUGUUCACAGGGAACAUGAACCCUAUGGAACCUGCCAGGGCAGGCGCAGAAGCGGCGCAUCCUGGUGGCCAAGUGGUGUCCAUGGCUUGUACAUUUCGCGCUGCUUGGUCUAUGGCUCUCACCGGUCGCGCAGUGACCAAGAAACACAUAGCACCUGUUCUUGAGGCCGUCGCGUAUCACCCAAUCGUCUUCAACGGUUCCCUGACGUCUUCAUCUGUCUACGGAGGGACGCCUUCACCGGGGAUUGAUGCCGCGUGGAAGAGGAUUACCGAAGUCACUGAGCUGGAGGUCGUCCAUCAGCUCCACUGUCUGACGUACCCCGGUCAGCAUGCUUCUAGCGAAGAGGAUCCCGGGCUGUUCAGAGAGCAUAUAGGUGACACGUAUAUCUCACGCGGUAGCGGAGAUCACUGUAUCGAGAUGCUCCGCCAGCAAAUUAUGUGUGUCGGAGACGUAGGGGUCAUCACCUUUUAUUGGGUGGAAGGCCACACCCAGCCGUACCCCGACUUCAACACCAUGCAUCGCUGCAGGGACUUCGAGAAGAUCCUCGCAUGGCGUGAUGAGCGCAUAGCACACGCGCGUCUCGAAGUUGUCGAAAACGCGCCCCGUCUCAAGGAAGCACCGUAG